CAAGAUUUUGCACUUUUGCUGGCAUAUGUGAAGACAUAACUCCCGAAUAUACUUGUUGGCUGUUUAUCUCCAAUGUAUCUACUAUCUAGCAAUAUGCAGGCUCAUUUUGCUGGGAGAAAAUCGCGAGCUAUAAAUAUGCAUGCAAUGCAGCGUUUUCUCUUGCAAGAGCUGCUUAGACAGGAGUAGUUGCUACGAGUACUUGCUAGGAAGAAACUGCAGUGUGCUCUGUUCCAAAGAGUAGUGAUGGCUUCUGCCUCUUCUCUUGGCCUAUUACUGAUGCUCGCGGCGCUGGUCUCCACGGCCACCGCGCAUUUGUCGCCGACGUUCUACGACACGUCGUGCCCCCGAGCCAUGUCCAUCAUCAAGAGCACCGUGACGGCCGCCGUGAACAACGAGCCACGCAUGGGCGCGUCUCUGCUCAGGCUGCACUUCCACGACUGCUUCGUCCAAGGCUGUGACGCCUCAAUUUUGCUGGCCGGAAACGAGAGGAAUGCAGCCCCAAACUUUUCUGUCAGAGGCUACGACGUCAUCGACAGCAUCAAGACGCAGAUCGAGGCCGUGUGCAAGCAGACCGUCUCCUGCGCCGACAUCCUCACCGUCGCCGCCCGCGACUCUGUCGUCGCGCUUGGAGGUCCGUCAUGGAGUGUUCCGCUAGGGAGAAGGGACUCCACCGGAGCCGCUACCGCGGCCCAGGUGAUUAGCAGCCUUGCUCCUUCUACAGAUAGCCUCGCACAGCUCAUCAGCGCGUACGCGAGCAAGGGACUUAGCGCCACUGACUUGGUUGCUCUCUCAGGUGCGCACACGAUUGGUAUGGCACGGUGCAGGGGCUUCAGGACGAGGCUAUACAACGAGACCAACAUCGACGCCGCCUUUGCGGCGGCGCUCAAGGCCAACUGCCCGGCGACGCCGGGCAGCGGCGACGGCAACCUGGCGCCGCUGGACACGACGACGCCCACCGCGUUCGACAACGCCUACUACCGCAACCUGCUGUCGAACAAGGGGCUCCUGCACUCCGACCAGGAGCUGUUCAGCAACGGCAGCACGGACAACACGGUCAGGAGCUUCGCGUCCAGCGCGGCGGCGUUCGGCGCCGCCUUCGCGACGGCCAUGGUGAAGAUGGGGAACAUCUCGCCGCUGACCGGGACACAGGGACAGAUCAGGCUCAUCUGCUCCGCCGUCAACUCGCACUCUCCUCGCAAGCCACAGCCAAGUGCAGAUAGCUCAUUGCUAGGCAGAGAUAAACGUAUAUAUCUUUGGUUAAUUGUUAGCUUAGCGAUGGCCAAAGCAACUUGCAUUUCCUUGCUUGUGGUCGUGGCUCUGGCCACCGCGGCGUCGGCGCAGCUGUCGGCGACGUUCUACGACACGUCGUGCCCCAGAGCCAUGUCCAUCAUCAAGAGCGCCGUGACCGCCGCCGUGAACAGCGAACCCCGCAUGGGCGCGUCGCUGCUCAGGCUGCACUUCCAUGACUGUUUUGUCCAAGGUUGUGACGCGUCUGUUCUGUUGUCGGGAAACGAGCAGGAUGCUCCUCCAAACAAGGAUUCUCUUAGAGGCUACGGCGUCAUCGACAGCAUCAAGGCGCAGAUAGAGGCCGUGUGCAAUCAGACCGUCUCAUGCGCCGACAUCCUUACCGUCGCCGCCCGUGACUCCGUCGUCGCUCUGGGAGGGCCAACGUGGACUGUCCCGCUGGGGAGAAGGGACUCUACAGGUGCAAGCGCGGCGCUCGCGAUCAGCGACCUCCCUCCUUUUACCGCUAGCCUCCAAGAACUCGUAGACGCAUUCGCCAAGAAGGGCCUUAGCGUAACCGACAUGGUUGCUCUCUCAGGCGCGCACACGAUCGGGCAGGCGCAGUGCUCAACCUUCAGGGGCAGGAUCUACAACGAGACCAACAUCGACUCGGCCUUCGCGACGCAACGCCAGGCCAACUGCCCACGGACAUCCGGCGACAUGAACCUGGCGCCGCUGGACACGACGACGGCGAACGCGUUCGACAACGCCUACUACACCAACCUGCUGUCGAACAAGGGCCUCCUGCACUCGGACCAGGUGCUCUUCAACAACGGCAGCACGGACAACACGGUGAGGAACUUCGCGUCCAACGCGGCGGAGUUCAGCAGCGCCUUCGCGACGGCCAUGGUGAACAUGGGGAACAUCGCGCCCAAGACGGGAACAAACGGCCAGAUCAGGCUCAGCUGCUCCAAGGUGAACUCGUAAGCGAGUACCCUGCAGACACUGCAGUAAGUAGUAACAACGUUUGUAGCAGUAUAUGCAGUUAUGCACGUAUAAGACGAUGGAGUGCGUGAAAAAAUAAGGACCCCCACAACCACUACGACUGAAUGAAUAGCAAUGUGUACGUGGAGAUGUGGUACAUGCAGAUUUGCCUUGCUCUGUUUCUUGUUCCAUCUGUAUGUGCAUGGAAUACAGAGGACAGAGGGGCAUAUGCAUGGCGUAUAUGUAACGAAAUUUCUGGUGCAAAGGCACGGAGGAUUAUACUAUACUCAUCUUCUAAAUA